GGCGCGAGCACGAGGGGCGGAGCCUGGGUGCGCCUGCGCAGUGCGCGCUACUCAGGGAGCCGGAGGCGGCGGCGACGCGCAGGAAGGAAGAUGGAAGACUACCAGGCUGGUGAGGAGACUGCUUUUGUUGUUGAUGAAGUGAGCAACAUUGUAAAAGAGGCUAUAGAGAGCGCAAUCGGCGGCAAUGCCUAUCAGCACAGCAAAGUGAAUCAGUGGACCACAAAUGUCGUAGAACAAACUUUAAGCCAACUCACCAAGCUGGGAAAGCCAUUUAAAUACAUCGUGACCUGUGUGAUUAUGCAGAAGAACGGAGCGGGCUUACACACGGCCAGUUCCUGCUUCUGGGACAGCUCUACUGACGGGAGCUGCACCGUGCGGUGGGAGAACAAGACCAUGUACUGCAUCGUCAGCGCCUUCGGGCUGUCCAUCUGAACCUCCUGCGUCUGCGCACUCCUCCUCUCCCAGCGGCCGGCGGGGGUCCAGCGAACACCCUUCUCCUUCUCUUCAAGUGUUUCUCGUGGCACCCACGACGUCGACGACAGCCAGGUGACUGCCCCGUUCUGUGAACGGCACAGCCAAGUCUGAGGACGGUCAUCCUGGGUGCUCAGGCCUGUGCUGCCACCCAUCUUAACUCUGUUUCUUUUCAAAGGUGCUAAAAACUGAAAUCUGCUAGUUUGAAACUUUCUCUACUCUCUGGAUGACUCAGAUACACUAAUUUUCCAUACUUUGUACUUUGGUUAGAAUAAUAAAUUAUUCCACUUUAAA